ACGCGGCAGGUAGUGAUGGACUGGCGGCGGACAGGGAGCCCGACGUACGGCCGCCGGCGCUCGGGGGCGGGGAUCUACUCCGCUCCAGCGUCCCCGGCACAUCCCCUCGUUCAUCCCGAGCCGUCGCCAGUGCACCCGCUGGCCGCGCGGUCCAAGGCUCGAGCCGCGGCCGCGCUGGCGCAUGUCAUGGCGCGCCCGGGCACGCGGGUCGCCGCCGCGGAGGAGGACGACUACGAGAACGGGUACGGAUACGACGUCGGAGAUCAGGUGGCCGGCGGAGCUACUAACGGGCGGCACGACGGUGGCCGCAGCCCCUUGCACGGGUACGGCGGCCGGAGCGCCGGCGGCGUCGUCAAGGACAAGUACUUCGGUUUCGCGUUGCCCAAGUUAGGUCGGAACGGUGUGGACUCAGGUGCAGCAAACCGCCCACAAUCAGCAGGAAGGUCGAGUUUUGCACCACCUGUUGGGGCUAAUGUGAGGCCUCUACAAGCUGUGGAGGUGCCCAAUGGGACACCUAGGGAAAGAAGGACAAUCUAUCCAGAUCCUACUUUUGCGCAGUCCGCAAGAUCAAGGGACUCACAUGACAGUUCAACACUAACAGAAGAGGUUGAGAUGCUCAAAGAUGAAAAUGUGAAUCUUUUGGAAAAGCUUGGACUCGCAGAAGAGAAAUUCAGACAAUCUGAUGCACGAACAAAGGAGCUUGAGAAGCAAGUUGCUAAUCUUGGUGAUGGGUUAUCUAUGGAAGUCAAGCUUAUGAAAAGGUAA